AUGCUUGAGGAAUGUGAGGAGGAGCCCACGGGAAAAAAGACACAAAACAACAUCUUUUCUUCCUCAGCUCUCCUUUCCACCACAGGUCAGCGUGUGAAGACGAAGGCACCGAAAAUGGGAGAGCGAAGAACAUCCUCGUGCUGGUUCGGUCUCCAGAUGGUGCACUAUGAGACUGGAGAAGUUGCCGCAGAAAGACGUGGCUUUGAUCUCAUGCGUUCAACACGUUUAUGGGUGCUCUUAAAGGCAGGUGUGCGAGAAGCACCGAAGCUGAACAACUUCUUUCAGACAGUAAAGGUGUGA